AUGAUAACCACAAACUAUCAAAUCAUAUAUCGGGAUCCUCCUUUACGUCUUUUAUAUAUACUUUUACUGAAAGGCCAUGUCAUUGCUGGAUGUCCAACAUUUCUGGAUUAUUUGUGCUUUGUGACCUCAUCCAUAUCCAUAAGGAAUAGUUUCGAAUUGCUUUUACUGGAAUUUGAGAGUGCAAUUCAAUCGGAGAAGGAAAAUUGGCUGAAAGGAAAGGCAUCACAUUUUUUACCUGUG